AUGGCCGUGCCCCCUCUGAGGCUGUGGCCCUUCCUCCUGGCCUGCUGGACACUCCCUCCAGGCCUCGCCGCGGACUCCGUGACUCUGCUGAGGGGCGGGAACCACUGCGAGGGCCUGGUGAGCGUGCAGCGCGGCGGGCAGCAGGGCAUGGUGUGCGGGGACGGCUGGGGCCUGGACGAGGCGGCCGUCGUCUGCCGGCAGCUGGGCUGCGGCCGCGGCCGGUUCGCGCCCACGUACGUGCUGUGGCCGGCGGAGCGGCAGCGGGCCCUGCUGCAGGCCGCGCGGUGCCAGGGCCACGAGGCCUCGCUCUGGAACUGCUCGCUGGGGCCGUGGGGGCCCGUGCGGGGCUGCGCGUGCGAGUGCCUCAGCGCCGUGCACUGCUCAGGUGGGUCACUGGCGAAACUGGUGCUGAGCGGAGGAGGCAGCCCCUGUGCGGGGACCCCAGAGGUCCGAUUUACGGAAGGCUUUGCCAUACAGUGUGGCUUGCAUGCAGAGGAGGCCAGUAUCUUCUGCAGGAAUCUUGAGUGCGGCCCGGCACUCCAGGCGUCCAGACCCCUCAUCGGGGGUCCUGGGGACGAGGGUCCAAAGGUUGUGAACUGUCAGGGAACGGAGUCCAGCAUCUUCAACUGCAUGUUCAACUUGAACUUUUGGGAGCAGUGCAGGCGUGACACAGACGCCCAGGUGGUGUGUUCAGAACACAUCGAGGCCCGGCUGGCGGGCGGCGAGCACCCCUGUGCUGGACGUCUGGAGGUGAAGCGCGGCCUGAUCUGGGGCACCGUCUGCGACGCUGACCUGGACCAGGCCAUGGCCCACGUGGUGUGCCGGGAGCUGCAGUGUGGCUCAGCUGUAUCCAUGCCUGGGAGCGCCCACUUCGGCCCGGGCUCCGGGGUCGUGUGGACGGAGGCCUUCCACUGUGCGGGCAACGAAUCCCUGCUGUUCCACUGCCCUCGGGGGCCUGGGCACCAGUGUGGGCACAGCCAGGACGCUGAGCUCAUGUGCUCAGGGGAAAGGUUCCGGCUGGUCAACGGCAGCAGCAGCUGUGAGGGACGAGUGGAGCUCCAGGUUCAGGGGGCCUGGGCGCCCGUCUGUGCUGCACACUGGGACUUAGCAGAUGCCACCGUCCUCUGCCACCAGCUCAACUGUGGCAGUGCAAUGGCCACACCUCGAGGAGGCCAUUUUGGGGACGGGGAUGCUCCCAUCUGGCCCGACGUUUUUCACUGUGUGGGGACGGAGCCCUAUUUGUGGAGUUGCCCAGUGAGCACCCUGGGGGCCCCCGCCUGUGCCCCAGGAAACGUGGCCACCGUGGUCUGCUCAGGUCUCUCCCAUGCCCUGCGGCUGAGGGAUGGACAGAGCCACUGCGAUGGCCGUGUGGAGGUGUCCCUUGACGGCGUGUGGGGCCGCGUCCUAGACGACGCGUGGAACCUGCAUGGCGCCAUGGUCGUGUGUGGGCAACUGGGGUGUGGAGGGGCCCAGCGAGCCUAUGACGCGCCUGCGCCCAGGCGCGGGGCGGUCGGGGUGGGGCUGAGCCGAGCGCACUGCCUGGGCACCGAGACCCUCCUGACCCAGUGCAACGUGUCCGAAUCCCUGCUGGUGCGCGCGGGGGCCUCGCGGGACGUGGGCGUCGUGUGCUCUGGGAGCCACCGGGUUCGGCUGGCCGCGGGUCCCGGCCGCUGUGCCGGGCGCGUGGAGGUUUUCCACUUUGGCGUGUGGGGCACCGUGUGUGACGACGGCUGGGACCUGCAGGACGCACACGUCGUCUGCGAGCAGCUGGGCUGUGGCCGCGCCCUCAGUGCCCUGGGCGCCGCGCACUUCGGAGCCGGGUCCGGACGCAUCUGGAUGGACGAGCUGGGCUGCGGCGGCAACGAGUCUGCGCUGUGGCAGUGUCCGUCGGGGGGCUGGGGCCAGCACGACUGUGGGCACAAGGAGGACGCUGGCGUCUUCUGCUCAGGGUUCACAGAUCUGAGGCUUCAGGACAGCAGCCAGCCCUGCGCUGGGCGGCUGGAAGUUUUCUACAAUGGUACCUGGGGUGGCAUCUGCCAGACCCUGAGUCCCGCCUCCCUGGAAGUCCUGUGUGGGCAGUUGGGCUGUGAGCACCACGGACAGUUGCAGGCUGGGGCUGUGUCGCGGAGGGCCCCUGGGGUCCUCUGGGUGUCUUCCAUUAAGUGUCGGAACAAGCAUGAGACGUCCCUGUGGCAGUGCCCGUCAGACCCCUGGGACCAGCACUCCUGCUCCAGCCAGGAGGGAGCCUGGGUUGUGUGUGCAGAAAAGGCGGGACCAGCUCCUCAGGACCCUGGGGAGACCCUCAAGUGCUCAACCACUCAGACCUGCCCAGAGGAGGGCGCCGUGCGCGUGCGCGGGGGCGAGGACCGCUGCUCCGGCCGCGUGGAGCUCUGGCACGCUGGCUCCUGGGGCACCGUGUGCGACGAUUCCUGGGACCUGGCAGACGCGGAGGUCGUGUGCCGCCAGCUGGGCUGUGGCCAGGCCGUGGGCGCCCCGGCUGGGGCUGCUUUUGGUCCCGGCUCGGGUCCCGUGUGGCUGGACGAAGUGGCAUGUCGGGGCAGCGAGGCGUCCCUGUGGAGCUGCCCGGCGGAGCCGUGGGGACGCGCAGACUGCGGGCACAAGGAGGACGCGGGCGUGCGCUGCUCCCAGCCUGGUCCCCGCCCCCUGCCGGCCCCGGAGCCCUGCCUGAAGCUCAGGGUGGUCAUCACAGUCCUGGGGACACUUCUCGGUCUUCUCCUCCUGGGCCUCCUGGGCCUCCUGGUCCUGCGACGAAUGGCACAAGCCAAGCAGAGAGGACUGGGGAGCUCCAAGGUGUCUCGUGAAGAACCCAUGUAUGAUGUCAUCGGGGAGCUGCCUCUAGCGGCGCUGUACGAGGAGAUUGGAGAGGCUGAGGGUGAGCCCCAGGGUGCGGAGGACCAGGGUGUGGCCAGGUGCAAUGGCAGCGCUCGCCCUCGGGCUCCGCUCCGCGGCUCCGCGAAUGACCGGAAGGCGAACACGUCUCGGGCAUCGUCGCGGUUUCGGGGCGCGUCCUCCCAGGCGCGGCUGCGUGUUCGCCCGCAGACCGCCCCCCCCGUCACCUGUUUUCCAGGCCGGCCCUUCGACCCCACCUUCCUCAUCAGCGGCGCCCCCUGCAACAUCAUCGCCAGCAUCCUGUUCGGCCGGCGCUUCGGCUACGGCGACGAGUCGGGCCUGCGGCUGCGGCGGAUGGUGCACGAGAACUUCUACCUGCUGGGCACCCGCUGGCUGCAGAUUUAUAAUGUUUUUUCAACCUAUCUAUACUACCUGCCUGGAACCCAUAGAAAAGUAAUGANCCCAGCUCCAGGCUGA